GACUUCCCAUGUAUUAGGUAGAUGUGUUUUAACCACUGAUCAAAAUGGUUUUGGUAUAAACCUUUUUUUUUCUUCUUCACAGGUGACAACAAAGGUAAAGCAAGUCAAAGACUGUGUCACCGGUACAUCAGGGUUGGUGAAGCUUUCUGAGCUGAAGGGUGGUGCAGUGAUGGGAAAGAGUUCCAGAGCCGUCACAGUGCCAGACAGUCUGAUGACCCAGCGAGAGGAGACCUUAGAGCAGCAGCUGGAGGAUUCAGCAGAGCCUGCUGGGGCAGAGGACUCUGAGAACAAAGCUCUCAGAAGACGGACAAAAAAGUCUAUGGUCGGGAGCGCUGGAACAGGAGCAGUGGAGGAAAGGGUGAAAGGACGCAGACAAAGAGACUUCGACCCCACAGCUGUAGAUGACAACAGUGAAGAUGAGAAGAAACCAUCAGCCUCCAAAGAAAAACCCAGUGCUGCUGAAGAUGUCUGGACACAGAACCAGCAGAAGCUCUUGGAGCUGGCCUUACAGCAAUACCCACGUGGCACCACUGAACGCUGGGACAAGAUUGCUAAGGUGGUUCCUGGAAAAACCAAGGAGGAGAGCAUGUCCCGUUAUAAACUGCUGGCGGAGCUGAUUCAGAAACGGAAGCAGGCCAAGAGCUGACUCCUGGUCUUCAGUAUUUCACUGUACCUCUCAUCUGCUUGUUAUGUGCCUUAUUAAUGCAACCCUAUGUCCUUCGUUCCAUGUUCACCAGAGCCUGAAUUGUCAGCAUUUAAUUAUUGGAGAGAUCCCAACUGCACAUUUAAAUAAUGUUUUAUUUUAAAAACGGUUUAAGAUUGUACACUUGUUGUUUUUUUGUUUCAUCUAUGCAACCAGAUAAUCUGAGAAGCAGAAGGAACAUUUUUAAUGUUUUUUUUUUUUUUUUGUAUUUCCUUUCUUUCUUUUUUUUUAAUUCUGAAACAUUGUUUUUCAGAAGCACAAUGUGUUGUGCUGUAAUCUGUUUUGGUCAUAUGUUAUAACAAAGUAUUUGCAUAAAACAUGUAAUGUUUCAUUGUUUCUCUUGUGGUCAUUACUGUGCUUCAGCACAUAUUAGCUCAUACAUUUUGAAGAACAUGACACUUUCACCCUCAUAAAUUCCAUUCUGUAUAUUUAAGAUUAAACUAAGU